GCUAUAUCAAUUAUUUCUUUGCAUGUGAGGACUUUCUUUUUGUCUUUUUAUUAAAAGGGAAUGAAAGACAUGAGCAUUAUCAUCUCCUCUUCCUUUUAAAGUGCCUGAUACGAGAUUCAAAGCAUUUUAUUCUGCCUCUCAACAGCCCUCAACAUGGCAAAGGCGAGCCGGCACCUUGUGCAAUGCUAACUGUGCUAACAGACAAGAGUGCUGACAGUACUAUCAGUGCACAACAGAGGGGGAAACAGUCAUGUGGCUCAACCCUUCCGUGACUACUCGAUUGGUCAAGAUGGCGUCAUGAAGUGUAAUCACAAUACGAGAACGGUGCUGAACUCCUUUGAAUUUCCAUUUCCUCUCAUCAGUGUUUUGGGUCAACUUAUAAUUUAAUUCUUAAUGUUUUGCAUGCAUACUUUCCCAGCAGGUUUUUUCUUCAACUUUUCCCUCUUGCAAAUCGGAGCAGAAUUAAAAAAACUACAGAAGCGGCAGAAGAAAAUAACACAGUAAGAGGAUUAAUGUAUCAGGACGGAGAAAAACUUUGAUAGGUUCUUGUCGAACUGGGGCUCCGAUGUCUCAUCCUUAUUCAGUCUUACUUUAAAGAAGAUAAGAUGACUAAACCCCCCAUGGACCACCAGCGCGUCCAGAUUUGAUUGCAUGAAAUUACACAGCAAUCCAUAAUGCAAAUGUUGUGUAGCCCAACCCCCCAAUGCAUCACAAGAGUAUAAAGAUCAGCAGAGGUUCUCGUCUUGUUCAGGUGGGAGGGUCGCAGCAACGGACCAGAGGCUUUCAUACUUGGUAGAUACCUUGAGCCUUGAGUGUAAAAUGUGACUUUAUGUUCAUAUAUGUUUGCCAAUUGUUGUGUGAAUACUGGUAUCUACAUCCUCAUAUGUUUUCACAGGUGACUGAGAAGACGGUAUCUUUGUCAUUUAUGAGCCACAGAGACAAUGUUAUAGACCAGAAUCAGAUUUUUUAUAUGUAUCUCAGUUUAUAAGGAGAAUAUUUCAGGACGAAAUUCAAAGAAAUGAGAUUUCUUAUAUUUUGUGAUUCUUUGUUACAGUACUGUGAAAUGUAACAGUCAACAAAAGCUCCUUAAUGUGUUUUCCUGCCUCACAAUACAAUUAUAAGAACAUUUAAAUGCAGGUAGGAAUUUGAGUUGAGGCAUUAUAGAAAAGGAAAACAGAUAACACUAUUACUGAGCCAGCUUUGCUGCUACAUCGUCUGUAAUUCACGUUGUUCCACUCAUAGAGCUCAUCAAAGUAAUGGAGAACUCCACUGUGGUUGUGUCUUUUGUGCUGUCUGCUUAUGGUAACAUUGGAAACUUAAAGUACCUGUAUUUCAGCAUAAUACUAUUAUGGUACAUCUCCAUUUGUGUGUCAAACACAAUUCUUAUUGUGGUCAUAUAUAUGGACAGAGGAUUGCAUGAGCCGAUGUAUUUAUUAUUAGAUAAUUUGUUUUUGAAUGAAAUUUAUAUAAGCACAUCAAUAUACCCUCUUCUGCUCUCACAGAUGUUGUCAGAUACACAUGAAGUGACGUUGCCAUGGUGUUUUCUGCAGAUGUUUUGUUUCUACAUAUUUGGUUGUGUCCAGUUAUGCAAUUUAGCAGCUAUGGCCUAUGACAGAUAUGUCUGUAUCUGUUAUCCUUUACAAUACAAUGUUGUUAUGAGCAACAAGAGAGUAGGUAAGAUUAUUCUGCUUGUUUGGAUUCAUUCAUUUACUAGCUAUAUGUUCUCAUUUUCAUUCGUCAUCCCUUUGACAUUUUGUGGAAAUGUCAUUGACAAAGUGUUUUGUGACCAACAGUCGGUAAUUAAACUUGCAUGUUCAGUCUCAGUACUUACCAGCAUAUCUGACCUGUUUAUUGGCUUUAUGAGUUUAAUUAUCCCAUUUAGUCUCAUAUCAGUGUCUUACAUUAAGAUUUUGUGGGUUUGUCUAAUUGUGUCAAAAGAAAGCAAAAAAAAAGUCUUAACAACCUGCACACCUCAGAUUGUAUCAUUGACAAACAUUUUUGUCGGCGUCACUUUUCAUUUUGUGGGAUCCAGGCUAGAUGUUGGCUAUUUACCAGAUAAAGUGCACAUUAUUUUAUCCAUAUAUAUCCAUAUGCUUCAACCAAUGAUCACCCCCUUCAUGUACGGACUUUACCUGCCCAAAAUAAGACAAUCGUGUAAAAGACUUUUAUUUGGUAGAAAGUAAACCUUGGACAUUUUACACUGUCAUUAAUGUUCUUUGAUGUAAAUGGCUCACCAUUAAAUAAAUAAUUGGAAUUUCUCAAAUGUUUCUCUAUG